GGACAACCAGACAAGUACGUCCUUGGGUACGUACAUUACGGUAGUACGAAGCACAACACUCGUAGAACGUAGUACCAUACGGUGAACAGUGACACCCACCGGACCUAAAUUCCAUCCGUACUACCGUAUCUACCGUAUGGUACGUACGAUGCGCAUUGCGAUGUGUCGAUUCAUUCUGUGUUUCGUAUUUGGGGAGGUGAGUGACACCAAGAUCGUGAUACAUACCUUUUUUGGCGUCUGCGGAGCUCGGCAUUCGUCCAAACCGGACGGAUUGAUCGAGGGCAGAUCAAAACAAAAACCAUAAUAACAGCCACGGCGAAUGGAGCAGACCCUCCCAUUCCGAAGAGAGAGAGGGACGUUCCAUGCGGCGGGCGAUUUGCCUUGUUUCACCGAUAGCAACAGCAGCGACCACACAGAAGCUGAAGUUACAGCGUCUGGCAACGCAACGCUACACAUCGGCAUGACGAGAACCGGGAACGAAAAAUUCACGCGAUCCAGCUGGUGCAGCAAAGGCCAUUCUCCGAGAACGAAUGGAAGCGGAAGAACGAAUCGGACCGGGCCCGACGAUUGCCGCAUUGUGUUCUCGGGUGCUUCCUCCGGAGGGGGGCCCCGGCGAGGCCACGCUCGACGGACCCGAAAGCGGUCGGGGCAACCCCUGCAGCCCCGCAAGAACGAUCCCUUGCACGGGUCGAAGAGUCACAGCAACAGCAUCAGCAGCGGCAUAGCUUCCGACACAUUCUAUGGCUCUCGCCCGCCGCUGUUGCACUGCCUGCUCCCUUGCAGCGAUGGUGGCAGUGGUUGCUGUUCUUGUGGCUCUUGUAGCAACAGAAGGUGGAGAAGAACAAGCAUGGUCCAUUUCCCAUUGGGUUUUGGACAGAGCGUAGGGGAACGCGAUGACGAGACACCGUCGGUGGUGAUCCAGGGCCCACACAAAACUAGGACGGUGACACGCCAACCCGCCGAAAGGACCGCCACCACCACCCUACGGAGACGGAGAACACGGGCGAACCGGCGGACCCAACACUUCCGCCGUUGCGACCCGGAAGUUUGUCGCCUGGUUCUGGUGGCCGUCGCGAUCUGCUGCUGCUGGUGGCUCCCGUCCUCCGCCCUGGCCAAGAUCCGCGUCCCCUCGGUCUUUGGCUCGAACGGCCCGGAUUCCGACGAAGGGUCGCCGGGGCAACCGCCGGGAGUUGGGGCAAGACGAGGCAGCAACGGCGGGGGAGGCGACACCGAGGUUGUGACGCCGAAAACUGGGCAGGAAGAACCAGAAGCGUCGUCAUACUCGGAAGCAGCAGCCCCCCUCGACUUUGAAGCCGUGUUCAACCAGUGGCUCCGCCAGAACUGGAGCGACGAGCCAGAGCCGCCGCCACCACCGUUGGCGGCCACCGAUUCCAAAACAAAGGCCGGCUCCGGACCAAGGCCGCCUUUCGUGGCGGCGUUCGCGGCUUCCCGCACGGAGCCAUACCUCUCACGGCUGGGGGACCGCCUCGAAAAGAUCCGCCGGUUCCGGGUCGGAUCGGCAAGGGCGGCGUCCGACUUCCUCCGCACAGCCUCUGGAGCCGCCAGUGAUCUGCUGCGCUACGACUUUCCGGUGGGGCUCGUCGCGGUCUGGUCCGUUAUGGGGGUCCUCCGAAGGGUAGCCGGAGGGAAGAAGGGCGGCGCAAAAGGACGGCGGGCCGGGGGCAAGGGGACGACUUCCACGGAAACCGGGGCGGAGGAGGAGGAUAACCUAGACACCUACAAGUACAUCCUCCGCCACACCGGAAGGGCCCUGGACCUGGACUCGGACGACCUGGUCUCGUACCGGUACCACGGCGGCAUCGAGCGGGUCCGGUCGCGGCUCCUCCGGUCCGUCCUAAGGGGGGAGCUGGAGGGCCUCCGGGCCCGCAGCAGCAGCGGGGACGGCGGGGAAGCCGCCAAAGGGGGAUUGUUCUCCCAAAGGCAGCGACACUCCAGCGGCACCGGGGACGAACGCCAAAACAAUAGUGAAGACGAACACGACACGGAGCAAAAACUCCUCGAGGCCCUGCUGGAGGCUCUGUCCCUGGAAUUCAUCCCUGGUGGUUCGCAUUCGAACUACAUCCGUCGCAUGAUUCCCUCGGUCAGCAACGCGGAAGAACUCGCCGGCAGGAUGGGAAUCACCGGCAGCGACAGCGAAACCGAUACAGAGCCGGAUCGGUUGCUCCUGGCGAUCGCACUGCAAACCGCCGAGGUGAGGAUCCUCGACUCGCAGCUGCGGUCCGUCCGUGAUCGGCUGGUCCGGACGACCUACCGGCUGCACAAGACCGUCAACUACUGGAAGUCCAAGGUCGAGUCGACCCUGCUGCUGGCCUCGUCUCCCGGGGGCCUGGGCGCCCUGGCGAACGGGAUCUCGUCGGCCCACAAGGGGGACCUCCUGCCCCUGCCGCGGCUCCGGCGGAGGUGGUCGAGGUUUUUGUUUUCGCUGGGGAGCAGCUCGUUCGGCAGCAAACACCACAACCGCGGCCACGGCCACGGCACGGGCACCCAGCAGCAACAAAACAGCCUACUGGAGGGGGACCGCCUCCGCCUCGCCUUCGCGGAAGCCGCGUACAAGGCAGAGAUCGUGCGGUUGGGAAGGGUCCUGAGGUGCAUUAGCAACAGGCCGGACGAAAUGCCCGACUCGACGCUCACAACGGCACUGAUCGACCAAAAGCAGCGCAAGGAAGCGGAGAAGCAAUCCAGACAAGAUGCCGUGUCGGCGCUCAGCAGCAACAGCAGCAGCGAAAACGAGCUCGAAACAGCAUUCGGCGAAAGGGAGGCGACAAAUGGAAAGAAGCAACCAAUCAGAGUUAGAGUGGCGGCCGCGAGGGAACGACUUGCAAAUCGUCUUGUUCAAACCAAAGCCCCCCGUAACAACCAACAGCCCGAUAUGAACAAGCAGCACCACGUUGCCAAAAUGGCCGGUGCCUUUGCAUCCGUGGUAUCGUCCUCGUUCCUUCGUCCCCUGGGGGCUGCCACUUCUGCGGUCAUGGGGGCCCUCAACAAGACCAAAAAAAGGAGCCGGAGCAAGCGGUUCGACAAGUAUUUCGCAAUCCGGUUCAAUGCCGACGGGAGGGGCAAGUUCUCUGUCCAGAACUUUGACGAGGGCAGCGUCACCAUCGAAGGCGAGACAGCCCGGAACACGCUGCUGUACAACACUGACUGUGAUUGCGACCAGCAGAACUGGCUUGGGCAGGCCGAUGCCUGGUCGUUGGAAGCGAGGGGGCUGAUCGUUGACACGAUCCAAGAAACCGUGGAAGCCAGCAUUCCCGCCAGCAGCGGAAUGGGCUCGCCGUUCCUGGGCUCUUCCACUCGGAGCGAAUCUAGUGGUGCAGAACUGACCAAGCUCGAGACCGAAUGGCAGGUGAGGCACCAGGGAACUCCGGUCGGGGAGGGAGGCGGUGGUGGUGCCAACCAACGCCAAUGGAUGAUUGUGUACGAGCUUUCCCGCGACAUCAACCGACUGAGGCGCGUCGGGGAAGGAAAAUCCCUCAAAUUCAAGUGGAAGGAAGUCCACUGGAUCCAUUGGCUGCGACAAUGGAAUUUAAUGGGGGUGCCAUCAGCGGCACUCAACAUCGCCGCGGCGAUCUGGAUCCGCGACAAGCUGCGGCCCUAUAUUCCGAGAGUCUGGGCCGUUGCCCGCGAGGUGCAGGGCGCGGUUCUCGAGAUCUUCACCACGCGGUUCUGGACCCCGCUGAGAGAUUUGGUGGACGAAAUCAUGAACCGGAGGAAGGGACUCGUUACCGGCGUUUCGCUGGCCGAGGAGGAAGCCUCCCUGGAUACUAUGUUGCACGAUCUCGGGCUUGGGGACGGAACCCCGGCCACCCGCCACGGCGCCACCAUCGAGGCCACCCGCAUGUACGAAUCCUACAUGCGGAGCGGGCUGGUAUGGCACGCCCUGGGCGGGCAGCUGGUCCGCCUCAUGCUCAUCCAGAUGCAGCAGCUCAAGGUGAGCAUGCUGGAUGCCGCCGAAACGAUCGACGUCCUCUUUCAAUCCAAUCGGAUUAACAUGCAACUCCUGGCGGUGGUGCCCGCGAUCGGUAUCGUGGUGGUCGGUACGAAAAUUCUGGUUCGGUUUCUAUUCAGUGUUCGUGCCAAAGAAUUUCGCCCCAUGGUGUCGGUGCACGCGGACAUGACCGAUUAUCUAAACAAACUGGAAACGAAUAUCAUCCUCCGAACGAGUGAUGACAACUACCAGCUUCGGUCAUAUCCUGGUCGUGGUCUCAGCCAGCGCGAGAAGACUAAUACUUCUGCUGCUCCUGCUGCUCCUGCUGCUAGUAGCAAUCGUGUCCCAGAAUCUACAGAAGAAACGCAAUUAGGCGAAUUCGCUCUGACGUUGUACAAGUAUCUGCUGCUGUUGGAUUAUUCAUCUCCGCAACUUUUGCCCAGUAGGCAGUGUGAUGCCAUUCACGAGUCUCUGACAGCAUUUCUGGGUCGGAAGGGUAGUUUUCGGAGGGAUAACUUAUCGACGAAUGGUCAGAUUCGACUGAUCGAUCUCGUCAAGGGAAAACACCAGGACCUUUCCAAGUUUUUGUAGGUGCCGAAAUCUACAUAAAACGAGGUGAUAUGAAGUAUGAAAUGCUUCGUACGGACUAUUUCUUUGUCGUAUUUUCGAAGUCAGGAUGAAUUCCAGGAAAGUAGUAAACCCUGGUGUUAAUACUUUAAGGUAUCUUUUUAAUCUCUCAGUUGACAAUGAAAAAUUCUACGUCUGACUGCAAUUGCUUAAAUAGUUCUUAAUGGGAUGCUAGUAAUAGUGAAACAACAAAACUACGAAGUAUUUUAUGAGCUAGGCAACAUACAUCCGUACUCUAGAUACUUGUUUCUGCUAGUAUUGGAUCAAUGUACGUUAAGUACCUACGGUACGUAACCGACAGCACUAAAGUUGAUUUAAGCGC